GUGCUCUCUUUUUCUUCUCACAUCUCCCCAACUACUAUAAUUUUGCUGAAUUAUCUGAAAAAACAUUAAAGUCCUUAUCCCAUUUCUGUUUUCUUGGAAACUGUGUAAUUUAUCAGUUAGGCCAUUAUAUAUGUUUGCUACUCAACCAAACCUCCAAAGGUAGUUAGUUAGUUAGUUUUGAGAGAGACAGCGGGCAAGAGAUCUUAUUUCCUCGUUUAAUUCGGUGAUUUUUUUAACAUACAUGGAGAAGGGAAAGCAAGUGUUUGGUUCUUCGGCUUCGGCUUCUGCUUCUGCUUCGUCCUUUACAAAUGAUUUGUUUGGUCCGAAAGAGCCCUCGAAAACGUCGCUCUUUGGUUCCAUUUUUGGCCCACAAUCUACGGGACUUGGAAGGGAUUCCACUCACUCUGUAGCUAGAGGUUCAUCAAGAAUCCAAGAUCCAAAAAACCAGUCAUGUGGAAAUGCAAAAUAUGGAACUUCAGGUAAUAAUGAGAAGAAUAAUUCCAUAUUGUAUCAGAAUGGAACAACAGAACCAUGCCAUUUAAGUUCAUCAAUAUACUAUGGUGGCCAAGACGUUUAUUAUCCACCUACUGCCUCAACUUUCAAGAAAAAUGUAGAAGAAGAUGAUGAUCAAAAUGGAAACAAUUCAAAUUGUGCUUCAAGAGGAAAUUGGUGGCAAGGAUCAUUAUACUAUUGAGGCCUUGCUUUUUUCCCUAUGCAAAGUGGUUCAACCUUUUUUCGAACUCAGCGCAUAGCAGAAGUUUAGUGCAUGCACCGAUUAUCUUUUUAGUCAAGGCCCAUUUCAACACUUAAUUAGUUAACUUUUUUUUGUUUUAUUUUGUUGGUUUGUCUUUAUGGUAAUUGGCAGGACCUUAAGCCAAUUUUGUAAAUGGGUUUGUCCCACUAAUUUUAACACUUUAUUAGUAGACACCUUGUUGUAAUUAA